UGUCUCAGGGACACAGAAGAUCUGCUGAGAGAUAAAGCUCUGGGCUGUUUCCUCAUCCGCCUCAGUGAGAAAGCCAUCGGCUACAUCCUGUCCUACAAGGGCCACGACAGGUGCCGGCAUUUCGUCAUCACGCAGAAUCAGGACGGUCAGUUUGUCAUCUCGGGGGACUGUCAGACGCACGGCAGCCUCUCCGAGCUCAUCGAGCAUUACAGAGUCAGCCCCAUCCAGCCCUUCGGAGAAUACCUCACCUCCAGCUGCUACCAGGUGAACUCAGGUGAGCUGUACGAUGUGGUGAACUACAAAGACACAGAGAAGUCUGGGGUGAGUGUCCAGGCUCUGCGGACUCUGUGGGACCACAGACAAGAUGUUCACGGUGACCCCGGCAAUAAUCAAAGACGUCAGCAUCAGAGUGGCCCUCCUGCAGCGCAGCCGCCUGCAGCGCAGCUUCCUGUGCUGCCACAGAAAUCCAAAAGCAGAAAGCUGACGGGCACCGUGUCUGCGGACACCGUGUCCCUCUCACAGGUUGUUCCUCCGGUACCAAAGAGAGGGAUCCCUCUGAGCUUCUCCCUCAGCGGAUCUCUGCCCGAAACGACGCCACAUCCGAGUGAAACCCGGACCGACCCGAGCAGAUCGCAGAGACUCGGAGGAAACGCAACCACAACAUCCGACGCACUGACCGACCCGGGUUCUCCUGCAGGGACCACAUCGCCCUCUCAGCUGGAGAGCAGGAGCACGUCUCUGCCGAGACUCCACCACAGGAACACUGAGGAGGAGGAGGAGCAGGAGGAGCAGCAGGAGCAGGAGGAGCAGGAGUACUCCAACCGGCUCAGCAGCGCCUCCUUCUCAACAUCUCACUCACCUCCCGCGCUCAAGAGGGUCACCUGUCACACCUACUCCCUCCACGACCCCAGAGACGCCUCCAGCUCCCAGCAGCAGGAUGACGAUGUGGAGCUGUCCAGGUCCAACCCGCUGUACGAGGCCUCUGAGGGGCUCCUGGGGAGCCCGGUCCAGCAACGGGACGUCAUGUACGCUGAAGUCUCCCAGAGGCCCCCGCCCACUGGGCCGUCUGACGACACCUAUGAGCAGAUCCCCGGGGAGGUCGCCGUCCAGGCCAACACCUACGAGUCUCUGGAGGACGUCAAGACCAAGAAGUCCAAAUCCACCUGGGGCAAAAAUAAUAUGAAUUGGAAAAAGUUCCUGCCUGAUUACAAGAAGAAAUAAAAAGACUGGAAGAAUCGACUGCAGUAACAAAAAACUCAGAAAUUUGGUUUGAUUUCUUUCAAAAACAUGGAAAGAAGGGAAUAAACAACGUAACAAGAAAUGGCUCCAAAUGUGCACGAAUUCUGUACAAAGAAUGAUAACGAAAUAAA